AUGGCUUACAGCACUAGUAAAGAAAAAAUUUCUGCUUUACGCUUUGCUGAUGUGGGUACAUUACCAAAAAGAAUGUUGGCACCAAUAGAAGGCUAUGAAAAGGCGCCACUUGUAACGCUCGAAGAAGCUGUGAAACCUCUUAUCAAUAUUGUACCUAAAGUCGAGCGAAAUGUAUUCAUAGUCAAACAGAACUGCCAACAGCCAGAAGAUGGUUUAACAAUUGAUGAAUCGGCUUCAAUUAUGAUUUACACCUAUGAAUCAAUACCACAUGAAGACUCCCUAUACGUUAAGCUUAACGAAACUUUACGGUCCGAACAAAGAAAAAAUUUAAUCCCAUGGUUUCUCUAUCUUCGACUCGUAUUGACGGCGCUUUCUCGUCUUCCAUCAAAAUAUCGUUUUGUUUUUCGAGGAGUCAAAGAAAAUUUGUGCACUGAAUAUUCAAAAGACAAGAUUGUUAUUUGGUGGGGAUUUUCAUCAUGCACAUCAUCGGUCGAAGUGUUAGAAAAUGAACUAUUCUUCGGCAAAACUGGAGACAGAACUCUAUUUCAAAUAGAGUGUACUACAGCAAAGAACAUUAAAAAACAUUCAUUCGUGACUGGUGAAGAUGAAAUGCUUUUAUUACCCGCCAGACAAUUUCAAGUCAUAUCUUGUCUCGAUUCCGGCAAUGGACUUCAUAUUGUACAACUCAAAGAAUUGAAGCCACCGUUCGAUCUUCUUGAGCCAGUUCCAUUGCCAAGCCCAUUCGUUCAACCCGAGGAAAGUCCGCGAGUAAAGUCGCAAGGUCAGUAA